AUGGUUGACUCCGACUCAGACAUUUUGAAUGCAAUUGAAGGAAUUGCAAGUGUCAAGUUCGAAUGGUACCAACCUAACCCUCAAGCAGUCAGACAACAUGCUGGAUACUUCCCGUUCAUAAAUAAGUCUGACAUUGACUUGACAAGGUAUGGAAUUUACAAUUCAAUUGAAACAAUUGUCAAUGAACCUUGUAUUCUUACAUGUCUCAGGAACUCUGGUCUUGUUACAGAUGAGAAGAUGAAGUAUCUUGAGUCAUGUGUGAAGACAAGGUACAUUCUCAGAGGUCAAUUGGCAAAAAUUGCACCGUUGGCAAAUGUCAAUAUCCGAGUCAACAUACCUACAGCUAAAGGUUCUUCACAUGACGACUAUGUUGUUGACAAAGACUUACCAUGGUUGAAGAUUGUAAUUGUCCACAACCACUUCAUGUUGAACGAAAGUCUUACAAACCCAUUCUUUGGUAAAAGUAAGUGCAACAUUGUCAGAGCUGUAAACAUUCUUUUCGAGAAAGGUUUGUUGGAACCAAUUCCAGAUGACAAGCUGACAGAAACUUUUGUACCAAAAGACGAAACAAACUUUUCAUUGUUAGCAAGACCAAAAGUUGUUCCAGACAAAGUUCUAGUACAAAAGAAGUACACAGUUCCACAAGGGGUUGGUAUGUUCGGAUACCAACCUGAACCAGAAGAACUUCCAAUGAGGUUGCAAGAACUUCAAGAUGCUAUAAACAAACUUCCAUUGAGACAUCCAAUUGACGUCAAAUUGUAUUGGAGAGCAUCUGAGUUAGGUCAGAAGGUUUUAUAUGAAACAGGUUGCUUCGACGAUGUUUAUGAGAUAACAGGAGAAGUUUCUCAGAAGAUAAGAGACUCACUUGAAUUUCCACAAACUGGACCAAUUGGUUGCGACAAGUUCGACUCAGAUGAAAAGAUAUACUAUGUCGACCUUAACGCUGCAUACAUGAGGUUUGUCCAAUAUAUUCCGACUGGAAUUCCAAACGAAGAUGGUGAGUUCCCGGGAAGGAACUAUACAGUUGGAAAAGUCAUACAACAACUGUAUGAUAUUAGGAAAGCUUCAAACCCCAAACUUGCAAUGACACUCAAAUUGCUUAUGAAUUCGACAUGGGGAUAUUCCAUUAAGAAACCUCAAGAGAUGAAGAGUAAACAUUAUGAGAAGGUCGACAACUUUGUUGAAAG